AUGGCGAGAAAGUUCGACGUGGGCAGGGCGACUGAGGAGGAGCUGCGGGAGAGGGUGAGGACGCUGACGUCAGCUCUCAUCAAACAGAAGGAGCAGAUCGAAAGGAUACGCACAUCCGAGCAUGCGCUGGCAGGUGAAAAGGAGAAGUUGGAGCGGCAGGUCAUCAACUUCAAAGAAGAAGCCGAGAUGUCUAGACAGAUGCGAUCGGAAUUACAGGGAGAGGUUGCAAGGAUGCAGAGAGCUCUGGAGCUCCGAGCAGCUGAAGCUGAAAUGAUCAAGACUGAGGCACAGAAAUACAUAUUUGGAAGCGACUCGAGCCAGAAUUCAGAUGAGGAGCUGAAAACGGCAAGAGAAGAACUGGAGGAUGCAAAGACUCAGCUGUUCUUGAGCAGCGGAGGGUUUGAUCCAGCACACUCACCCGAUGGGCAGCAGGAUCACGAGACAGAUGAAGGUCUCCUUCCUGCUAAGGUUGAAGCUCUUGGACUUGCUGUUGCAAUGGUGAAGCGUCUUGCCCAGGAAGGGGAGGCUUCAGCGGUGGACCAACCGGAGGGCAGCAAUUCGGACGUUACAGGGAGCGAAGAUGGCGAGAAUGCGGUUAUGCGAUGGAAGACGAGAUGUUUGCGGUUGGAGCGAUUGUAUCAAGAUACAAGAGAUCGGCUGGAAAAGGCAUCGGCAGAAAGGCAGAAGUUAGAGGAGGAGCGAGCUCUGGUAGACUCGCGAUACGACAAGUUGCAUGUUACAUACCAACAGGCAAACAAGUACAUCCAAGAGCUUGAAGAUGCCCGUCGAAACAAGGACAAGGAAUUUGAGGGUCUGAGAGAGCAGCUUGAGAAGUAUUCUGCUGCCAAUGGCAUCAACACUGCGAAAAAGAACGAAGAAGUGAUGACGUUGCAAGCCAAGAUAAAUUCACUCCAAGAUGAGAUCGCAUCUUUGAAUUCGGAGAAAAGCAAGCUGGAAAGUACAAUUCAAUCUAUCACAAACACUCUGCAAGCAUGCAAGCGGGUCUUGCUUGUUAUGGUGAAGCACAAUCCUCCUCACAUUCCAAUCAGGAUCUCCCGCAAGGAAAUUGAAAGUUUGAAGAACUCGUUGGAGUCAACCGCCGGCAAGCUCAACGCCCUUCAGGCGAGCGAGUCAUUUGACAACCUCCCAACGGUUCACACAGCAAGACAGGAAGAGCACGACAAGCAGUUGGCAAUGGACAAGGAGAUUGUGAAGGGACUACAAAACGACGCAAGAGUGAAGCUUGCAGAAGUCGAAAAUGCUCUGCAGAGCUCGAAGCUGACAGUCAUGGUCCUGACGAUGUUCGUCAUGGAAGAUGAGGAGAUGAUUGAGAUCAGACUUUCAAACCACCACAUUGAGAACGGCAAGGAGACGUCGGACGACGGGCUGAAGGAAUUCAUCCACAGAGAACGUGAGAGAAGCACGGGAGCCAUGUUCGAGCUUACCUGUUUGUCAGUGGAGCAGGAGGAGCUGGUCCAGCAGGCGCUUGCUUCCAUCGAGGAGCUUUUGGAGACUCUUGGCUCCGAUAACACUGCGUAA